CUUCUCACUUAAGAAAAUGGAGAAGAACUCUUUACAAAGUUACAAACUUGUGCCUCUAUUGACAUUUUCUUUGGCUCUAUUUCUUACCACGGAACUAAGUCUUCUUACACCUGCAAGAGCCCUAGACAACAACAGCAAGGUUUAUAUAGUUUAUCUUGGCGAAAGAGUACAUGAUGACCCCGAACUUGUUACAGCCUCUCAUCAUCAAAUGCUUGAAUCACUUCUUCAGAGCAAAGAAGACGCACAUAACUCAAUGAUCUACAGCUAUCGACAUGGAUUCUCCGGUUUUGCAGCACUUCUUACAUCUACACAAGCAAAUAAAAUCUCAGACCAUCCAGAAGUAAUCCAUGUUAUACCAAACCGGAUUCACAAACUGCAAACCACAAGAACUUGGGAUCUCCUUGGCCUCUCUCCAACUCCAACUUCUUUUUCUUCUUCAUCUUCUAUAAAAGGUCUUCUUCAUGACACCAACAUGGGCAGUGAAGCUAUCAUAGGAGUUAUGGAUACUGGAAUAUGGCCAGAGUCAAAGAUAUUCAACGAUCAAGGCCUUGGACCUAUACCUGAGCGUUGGAGAGGAAAAUGUGAAUCAGGAGAACAGUUUAACGCCACAACUCAUUGCAACAACAAGCUAAUAGGAGCUAAGUACUACGUAGACGGACUACUGGCCGAGAUGGGAGAAACAUUCAAAACAAUAACAGUCAGAGAAUUCAAAUCCAACAGGGAUGCACUUGGUCACGGCACACAUACAUCCACAAUAGCAGCUGGCUCAUUCGUCGCCAACGUGAGCUUCUAUGGUCUAGCCCGAGGUAUGGUCCGAGGUGGUGCUCCUCGGGCACGCAUAGCCUCUUACAAGGUAUGUUGGAACGCAAUGCAAAAAGACGGAACAGGACCCGAUGGAAGCUGCUCAAUUGCUGACAUGUGGAAGGCUUAUGAUGAUGCUAUACACGAUGGGGUCGAUGUUUUGUCUGUAUCUAUUUCCGGGGAUCUUCCAGAGGACACCGAGGUGGAUAAGCUCGAUUUUGUCGGGGCCUUUCAUGCAGUAUCUAAAGGGAUUCCGGUCGUGUCUUCGGCUAGUAAUGAAGGUCCUAAGGCUCAGACUGUUGCUAAUGCUGCUCCUUGGCUCUUGACCGUGGCUGCAACCACUCUUGACCGGUCUUUUCCUACAAAGAUCACACUUGGCAAUAAACAAACUCUCUUCGGUGAGUCUCUGUUCACUGGACCGGAGAUUUCAGCCGGUUUAGCUUACUGGGAUUCAGAGAGUGAUGAUAGUGUUGAUGUCAAGGGGAGAAUAGUUCUUGUUUUCGAUUUCGAUACUAUCUAUCAGGUUGCAAAGAAAGGUGUAGCAGGAGUCAUAUGUGUCGAACAUCCUGAUGACAUUGUUGAUCGAUGCCAUGCUUUUCCUUGCAUUUACACUGAUUACGAGCUUGGAACCGACAUUUUGCAAUACAUACGUACCACCAGGUCGCCCACAGCGAGAAUCAGUGGAGCUACGACAUUAACUGGCCUGCCAGCGACAACAAAGGUUGCUGCAUUCUCAUCUAGAGGGCCUAACUCGGUAUCACCAGCCAUACUUAAGCCUGAUAUAGCAGCUCCUGGUGUGAGCAUCCUCGCAGCAUUAAGUCCCCUUGAUCCUAGUGGACACAAUGGAUUUGGACUCGCCUCAGGGACAUCCAUGUCGACUCCGGUUGUUUCUGGUAUCAUAGCUCUCCUAAAGUCUCUACACCCUGAUUGGUCUCCUGCUGCAUUUAGAUCAGCUUUGGUCACAACAGCUUGGAGGACAAGUCCAUCUGGAGAACCCAUUUUUGCUGAAGGAUCAAACAAGAAGCUCGCUGAUCCAUUUGACUAUGGAGGAGGACUUGUAAACCCUGGAAGAGCCGCAUACCCCGGACUUAUCUACGAUAUGGGGAUCGAAGAUUACAUCAACUACAUGUGUUCCAAAGGUUACAACGACUCCUCAAUCUCUCGUGUCCUCGGUAAAAAGACUAAGUGUCCAACUCCUAAGCCAUCAAUCCUUGAUAUCAACUUGCCGUCAAUCACAAUCCCAAACCUUGAGGAAGAAGUCACACUCACAAGAACUGUAACCAAUGUUGGACCCAUCAAGUCAGUCUACAAAGCUGUGAUCGAGUCUCCUCUCGGUAUAACUCUCGACGUCAACCCGACCACACUCGUGUUUAGCUCUGAAGAUAAGAAGGUGCUCUCUUUUACGGUGAAAGCUAAAACGAGUCAUAAAGUCAACACUGGUUACUUUUUUGGAAGCUUGACAUGGACUGAUGGUGUUCAUGAUGUUAAAAUCCCUGUCUCUGUUCAGACAAAGAUCAUGAUCAAACCUUAACAAAAAAAAAAACUCAAGACUA